GUGUAGACAGCACCAGGAUAGUUCUGAACAUGUCAUCGCCUUUAUACGUUCUGUCUAACACUAAAAACCUCUCAGUGUCUUUCUGUGGUUCUGGCUUUUUAGCAACAUAUCAAGUUGGCGUUGCGCAGAGUCUUAUGGAUAAUGCGCCAUGGAUCCUACGAGGUGCUCCACGGAUCUACGGCGCAUCUGCAGGUUCUCUUGUUGCUGCAGCUGUGGUCUGUGGAUCAAAUCUAGGUCGCAUGCGAGACAAUCUGUUGGAAUUUGUGAGAUUUACAAAACAACUCCCACUCGGUCUGCUGAACCCCACGGCUGAUGUUUACAGAUGGCUGGAGGUCACACUGCAGCGAUCUCUGCCCGAUAAUGCCCACAGUCUGGCCAGUGGUCGUUUACACAUUUCCAUGACGCGCAUCCCAGAUGGAAUAAAUGUUCUGGUGUCGGAAUUUCAUUCCAACAAUGACCUUAUAAAAGCACUUUUGUGUAGUUGCUUUGUCCCUUUAUACUCUGGCACAAUCCCACCGCAGUAUAAAGGCGAGCACUACAUGGAUGGCGGUUUCACAAACAUUCAGCCCUUUGAAGACUCAUCGCCCACCCUCACCAUCUCCCCAUUCGCUGGAGAGAUGGACAUCUGUCCCUCUGACACCUCCACCACCCUCUGUGAUGUCAUCAUCCAGCAGCUCUCCUUCUAUUGUUCCCUGCCCAACUUGAUCAGACUGAUAGACGCCAUGUUCCCACGAGACUGGAGAAUUUUAAAGAAGGCGUUCUACAGCGGAUACCAAGAUACCAUUUACUUUCUGCAGCGGAGCAGAGCUUUGCAGUUCUACCCUGACAAUAGAAUUGAAUCAGAUGUGUCUGAUGAUUCUGGGACGUCUGAUUCUCUGAGCUCUGAUCACUGGAUGUUGACGCAAACUGACAGCGCAGAGGAACAAGACCAGCAGGAGGAGUUUCAGAAGAUGGAUCACACAGAGAAGAAGAGCAUCAAAGGGGUCUGCUCAUCCACCGGUCCAUCCCGCCAGGAGCCGGAAGUACAUCAGAAGUCCACUGUGAAAGUUCAGGAAGUGCUGCUGUGUAAUAUCGUGGGUCAGCUGGAGAUUCUGAGUGAUCCGACUGUUUCCUUAUCGCAACGGACACUAUCGUUCCUGCUUUUCCUGUUCACACUGCCAAUAUGGGGCGCCACAGCCUUUGCCGAGAGGUAUCAGAAUUGGAUCAAACACGCUGUGACUGUGACAUACUGGGUCUAUCAGGGUGUUAAACUGUUUGUGGUCUUUGUAUUUAACAUUUUCUUGUCCACUAUAAGAAAAAGCCUAAGAGACAUGAUGAUGGGUUUGAUCGGUUUCGUACCUUCACAAGUGCACGCAGAGUACCAGAGGGCUAGACAGCUUGUCGAGAGACACGAGGGCUCCUCCAGUAUCAAUGGUCACGACUCUGCCUCUUUCCCGGGAUCUUCUUCCAUAUCGCAGACCCUCCCAAACCUCUCCACGCUCCUGCGUUCACUAGAGAUGGGCAGCAAGUGGAAAAAACGUCAGAUUGAGGUGCAACACACAAUACUGCAACACAUGACUUUUGUGAAAAGAAAUGAAGUACGUGCAAGGAUAUAAAUGUGCUAAUGCCAGC